ACUUUCGUGCUCUCCCUGAAGGCAAAAAUCAACCCACCUGGCCUAAACCUUCCAAGAGCAGUCCGGGCCCACAAUGUUGCUGGUUUUCCUCUUCGUCUGUGUGGGCUGGCUCACCAUGCCUGGGGACACAGAGGUGGUGACUUCUUUCAAAGAAACCUGCCCCGAGUUUUUCUUCAGGGAAACCCCUCCGAGAAUCGGACACACACACGCAUACAUGGUUCCGAUCUGCCAACGUUACAGAAACCAGUACCGUUACGCCACCUUGUAUGACCAAGCGAACCGCAUCCCCAUCUACUCGGCCUACAUCUACAACCCCGGGACUGCAAAGAGACCCAAUAACUGGAUGGUGGAACCACAGCUGGUUGAUUUAUCAUUGCAACCCGAAAUGGCUUCGGAAGGGUCCCUCCUGAAAAGAUUCCGUGCCACGCAAGCAGAGCUUCGGUACAGCCAGGCCGUCCUGCAAGAUUACAAGAACUUGACCGGCUACAACCGGGGCCACCUUAACCCCAACAGCCACCAACCCGACCUGGACGCCAAAAAGGCCACCUUCACCUUGACCAACAUCGUCCCUCAAUACAUCAAGCUCAACGGCGGCUCCUGGAACAACUACGAGCAGCAGACGAUGCAGAGCAACACCCAAGGGUGCCGGGAAACCUUCGCUGUAGUGGGCGCGGUGCCUGGGAACAACUAUAUCGCUGGGGGGAGGGUGAACAAACCCAGCUACCUCUGGUCCGCGGCCUGCUGUUACGUCAACAACAACCACUUGAGGUCAUGGGCCAUCAUCGCCGCCAACGAUAAGGACAGGGUAGAAGAGCUCACACUGGGGCAGCUUGAGGAGGAACUGGCAGAGCUGUAUCAGGAGGACAGCAUCUCCCUGUUUCACGGUGACUGCCCCCGGUAAUAAGGCAGUGGCUGCAUCUCUCAAGUG